GAGGAUGCGCGAGCCGGGGGCGGGCGCGGUGGCUCCGCGGCUGCGCAGGAUGCGGGGUGAGCGGACGCGUUCUGGCGGCAGCAGCGGCGCAGUCCUGGCUCCGCGCCGCGGCGCCCCCGCUGCGGCCGGAGUGGCCUGGCUGCGGGAUCUGUGUGUAGUGAUGGCGCGGCCGCCCAGGCAGCGCCUGGAGCCCAGGGUGCCGCUGCUCUUGCUGCUGCUGGCUGGACCUGCUGCUUGCGCCGCCAGCCCCGCGGACGACGGCACGGGCCAGGGGGGCCGGGGACCCCGGGGACGUGCGCGGGGGGACGCGGGCGCAGACGAGGCGACACCGCGCCACGACUCCUCCUAUGGUACCUUCGCUGGCGAGUUCUACGACCUGCGUUAUCUGUCCGAAGAGGGUUACCCUUUCCCGACUGCUCCUCCUGUGGAUCCAUUCGCCAAAAUCAAAGUGGAAGACUGUGGAAAAACUAAGGGAUGCUUCAGAUACGGCAAACCAGGCUGCAAUGCAGAAACCUGUGACUACUUCCUUAGCUACCGGAUGAUAGGGGCUGACGUGGAAUUUGAGCUGAGUGCGGACACAGAUGGUUGGGUAGCAGUUGGAUUCUCUUCAGACAAGAAAAUGGGCGGUGAUGAUGUGAUGGCCUGUGUGCAUGAUGACAACGGCAGGGUCCGUAUCCAGCACUUCUAUAAUGUGGGUCAGUGGGCAAAGGAGAUUCAGCGAAAUCCCGCCAGAGAUGAAGAAGGAGUGUUUGAGAACAAUCGUGUCACCUGUAGAUUCAAACGCCCUGUGAAUGUUCCCAGAGAUGAAACUAUUGUUGAUUUGCAUUUGAGCUGGUAUUAUCUCUUUGCUUGGGGUCCAGCUAUUCAAGGGUCUAUCACUCGCCAUGACAUAGACUCGCCACCGACUUCAGAGCGUGUUGUCAGUAUUUACAAGUACGAAGACAUUUUUAUGCCAUCAGCUGCCUAUCAGACCUUCUCCUCUCCAUUUUGUUUGCUUCUCAUUGUUGCCCUGACCUUCUACUUACUGAUGGGAACCCCUUAACUACAGCUGCAAGGCCAACCGAUUCAAUGGAUUGGAAAGUCUUCAAUGAAAUACGUUUUUAAAGAAAAUUCAGUAUAAUUUUAGCUUGUAUGAUUUUUUAAAAAAAACAAAACUCAUAUGAUUUCAACUUUUUUGAAAGAAAGAACAAGUGUCUUUU